UUCCUAGCCGGGUAGCCAGCAGAUCAGAAACGCCGGAGCCCAUCAUUAUGGAGGAAGAAGCGUAGAAUCCAAAGAAUUUCGUUCUGAUUCGGUUAGCAGCCUGCUGAGAGGCGGUGAAUCAAGGAGUAGCGUUAAACUGGACUCAAGAAGCGUCUGGAGGAGGGCUUCGGCGAAUUGAGCUUUAGGAGCAGUCAUGGGGAACGAAGAUACCCUAACAUAGAUACAAAUCAGUCUCCGAGACAUCCAAGCAAACCUCCUGAUCCAGGACCAACUGGUUUAAGCAAAAGCAGAACAGUAGAUGCAUUCAAGACAGAAAUGAAAACACCUGGAAGAAGCCCUUCAACUAUGAGCUUAAAAGAACCACGAUCCAAACCUGACAUUAAAGAAGAGCAGAAGCCCAGCAUGAUGACUGGUUUUCUGACCGACAGCAAUCCAUUAAGUGUUGUCUCUUCUGUAGUUAACAAAUUUAAUCCAUUUGAUGCAAAAUCUGAUCCCGGUGCAAAUCAAGAAGAAAACUUGAAGAAACAGAAAGAACAUGAAAAAAUUGAAGAUCCUAGAGAAAAAGUUAAACCUCCACAUCUACUUCAACAAUCACCAGGACAUACACAACAUUCACAACAUCCACAAGGGCCUGUGAAGUCCACUGAUACUAUUACACCCACACAACAGCAACCUAGUAAAUCUUCACAAUCAGGGCCAAAGCCAAUUCCUUUGCAACAGAGUACUUCAAAGUUUCCAACACAGUCAUCUAGCACCACAAAACCAUCUUCGCAUACCCCUCCUCCCAAAGAACCACUGUCUCAUGUAAAAGAUCCCAUUAAACCGGUGGCUCAAGAGUCAAAACAUACUACCUCAUCAUCCCAGUUUCAAGGACCUAAAAAGGAAACCAUUAAACAUGACCAAUCUGUUACCCAAGGACCAAUGGAUAUGGGUAAACAGAACAUGCAACAAUCCAGACCUCUGACACAAUCUAGAUAUUCAUCAGAGGUAGCAAAAGGACCACCACACACAACUGAACCUGCAAAAAAACUAAUAAAAGAGCCUGAAAAACAACCCGCCCAACCCCAAGGCCCUGCCAAACAAAUUAUGCAACAAGCUGGGCCCACCGGAAAAACUACACAGCAGGCCACAAAUAUGAAACAACCAAUCCAGCAAACACUGCCUUUACAACAACAAACCACAACAUCUAUGACUUCAAAACAAACAGCACAAAAGCCAGAGCCUUCAAAACCACCGGAAACUAAACAGUCAUCCCAGAGUCCCAGAAAGCCAAUGCCUGGUUUAAACCAAUCUGCUAAAAUGUUACCACAGCAGCAAGACAAAUUUCCAGAAAAAAUACCAGAACCCAAAAAACAGCAACAAGAUUCAACACAGGAGAUGUCCAAAGUAGCUGAAAAGACUAUGUGUCCACUUUGCAGUACUACAGAAUUGCUUCUCAACACAAACGAAAAGGCCAACUAUAAUACGUGCACGCAAUGCCACACUACAGUAUGUAGUUUAUGUGGCUUUAAUCCCAAUCCUGAUAUGACUGAGAUUCAUGAAUGGCUUUGCUUGAACUGUCAAAUGCAAAGGGCACUUGGUAUGGAUAAGAACCCACCUCCUUCUAAACCAUCACCAGUGAAGAAGAAGCCUGCAUCUGCAGUGCCAUCAACAAAACCUACACCUGAGUCCUCUCAAAGAAAGCAAUCUAUUAGUGCACCAGAGCAAAACUUGGCACAGGUUUCAAAAGUAGCCACUCCUGUAUUAACAAAACAGCGAUCUGUGACUGAAUCACCUACUUCUAAAUCUAAGAAAUCAUUUGAACCUCAAACUGGAAAUGUGCCUUCUAAAGCAGAGUUAAUGGAAAAGCCCCAACAAUUAUCACCAGAAAACAAGCAACAGCAAACCAAGCCAGAAGAGAGAGUUUGUGACGUGCCAUCUUCUCAAGUGGUACCAACAAAGUUAGAUUCUUUAUUACCUAAAGUCCCCUCAUCACCAGGGAAGAGAGAUAUAGAUUCAAAAACAAGAGAUACUGCAAAACCAGAAAAAAGUCAGUUGGUUGAAAAGUUGCCUGUAUCCCAGCCAGUAGUUCAAGAAUUACACCAAUCAUCUGCAUCUAGCACACAUCCAAAACUUCCCCCAAAACCUGACACUUCAAAACUGGAAGAAGAUCCAAAAAGUAGCCCAAGCAAGAUAAAUCCAAAUCUUAAUGGCAAACAAGUUCAAAAAGAAGCACAAGUCCAACCAAGUCCAAAACCCAGUCCUUCACAUAAACCUGUGGUUUCACAAACUAUGUCACAUGCACAAUCUGAGGUUCAAAAAGAUCCACUAGUCCAGCCAAGUCCAAAGCCAAGUCCUUCACGUAAACCAGUGGUUCCACAAACAAUGUCACGGACACAACCUCAAGUUCAAAAAGACUCACAAGCCCUGCCAAGUCCAAAGCCAAGUCCUUCACAUAAACCAGUGGUUCCACAAUCUACAUCACAGGUGCAACCUAAAGUUCAAAAAGAUCCACAAGUUCAACCUAGUCCAAAGCCUAGUCCUUCACAUAAGCCAGUGAUUCCUCAAAUUACAUCACAGGCACAACCUCAAGUUCAAAAAGAUCCACAUGUCCAACCCAGUCCAAAGCCCAGUCCUUCACAUAAGCCAGUGAUUCCACAAACUACUUCACAGGCACAACCUCAAGUUCAAAACGAUUCAAAUGUUCAACAGAGCCCAAAGCCCAGUCCUUCACAUAAGCCAGUGAUUCCACAAACUACUUCACAGGCACAACCUCAAGUUCAAAACGAUUCAAAUGUUCAACAGAGCCCAAAGCCCAGUCCUUCACACAAGCCAGUGGUUAUACAAACUAUGUCACAGGCACAAUCUCAAGUUCAAAAAGAUCAGAAAAUUCAACCAGGUCCAAAACCCAGUCCCUCACAUAAACCAGUUGGUCCACAAGCUACACCUCAACCACAACCUGAUAAAUCUCAAGGUCAGCCACGACGUUUCAGUCUUAAUCUGGGGAGCACCACAGAAACCCCUAAACAUCAGCCUACAACACCACAGGGUACUGUAACUGGGAAACUAUUUGGAUUUGGUGCAUCCAUUUUUAGCCAAGCCUCAAGUUUUAUAUCUACUGCAACACAGCCAAGUAAUCAGAUGCAAAAUACACAAGGAUCAACUGCAAAACAGCCUCCUUCACAACAAGCAGCGGAACCACCUACAACAGCCAAAGAUGCUAUGCAUGAUAAACAGCUCCAUCCCCCACAGAAAUCUUCUGAACUGCCAAAAACUGCCAAAGAAGCUCCGCUGCCUAAACAGCCCCAUCCAGCUCAAAAAACUUCAGAACUGCCCAAACAGCCCGUUCAUGCUCCUCAGUCAUCAAAACCCCAGGUGGUUAAAAAGGAAGCAGAACCUCUUCCAGUAGAGAAAACAGAAGAUUCAAAAGAUAGUCUUAUAGCAAAAGAGGCUGAACAUAAGAUGGAGACUAAGAAGGAGACCACCACAGGGCUACCUAAAAUGGAAAAGAUACCAAACCUUAAAAAGCUAUGUCCACUAUGUGAAACAGAAUUAAAUAUUGGUUCUAAGGACCUACCCAACUUUAAUACAUGCACACAAUGCACGAAUGUGGUAUGCAACAUGUGUGGAUUUAACCCAACACCACAUCUGACAGAGGUAGUUGAAUGGCUGUGUUUGAACUGUCAGACUCACAGAGCAAUGACAGGACAACUUGUGGACCUUAGGAAAACAUCACCUCCACUAGGACCACCAUCAAAGUCUUCUCCAAAACAUACUAUUUCUUUAGAAAACCAAAAAGAAAUACAUAAAGUUACCACAUCCUCCUUCACUGCAAGUCAUCAGUCAGUAACAGAAGUUAUUUCAAAAAUGUCCAAUGAAAAGGUUGCCAUGGUACCCGAAGAAAAAAGCAGCGUAAUACCAGAAGAAAAAAUAAGCAUUGGCGGCUCUAAAAAAGUUGACAUUGCUCCAGAGGGUAUAGUUGUUAAAGCCUCAGAAGAAAAAGCCGACAUCACACCUUCACUACCAGUAGAAAAGACUGGCAUAGUAUCUGAAGGAAAACCCAGCUUAAUACCAGUACAACUCAUUGAACAAGAGAUUGACAAAGAUAAGCUUCUGUUGAGUUUAUCUGAGAAAGUCAAGAAAUCAGUGGCACUGCCUGGUGAAGAAGUGUUUCCUUCAAAAGAUAUUAAUUCCCUGGUACCAAUGGAAAUAAAAGGCAUUAAGCCACCUGAAGGAAAAAUAAUGCCUAAAGAAGAUUUAAUGAUUGACCUUUCAGCAACUUUGCUUAAGCAAAUUGAUGAAGGAACAUUAGAAAAUAGAAUAAAACCCAAACCGAGCCAACUCAUUGAGAAUGAAGCUGGAAAGGAAAAGACUACUAAAACACUUAGUGGAACUCAAAAGAAGGUGAAAAGAACUCUGCCAAACCCUCCUCCUGAGGAAGCAAGUAAUGGUAUUCAGUCACCAUAUAAUACAGUUGGAUCAGUAUCUCGCAGAAGAAUUUGUAGAAACACAACUAUGGCUCGAGCUAAAAUCCUGCAAGAUAUUGAUAGAGAAUUGGACCUGGUAGAACGGGAGUCAUCAAAGCUAAGGAAGAAACAGGCAGAAUUAGAUGAAGAAGAGAAGGAAAUUGAUGCAAAGUUAAGAUAUUUAGAAAUGGGAAUUAACAGAAGAAAAGAAGCUUUGUUAAAAGAGAGGGAAAAGAGGGAAAGAGCAUAUCUACAGGGUGUUGCUGAAGAACGAGAUUAUAUGUCAGACAGCGAAGUUAGUAGCACAAGGCCAACCAGGAUAGAAAGCCAUCUUGGAUUAGAUAGGCCACAAACAGCUGCACCAACAGAAUAUAGCCCAUAUUUGACACCACAAACACAGUCAGAAACACACUUUGUCCCUCCUACAAGUCCCUAUACCCAAUUCCAAUACCAGACCCCCACCCUGCUUACUCAAGCACCAACACAAUAUUCUCAGCAAUCUCAUUAUGAGCAACCUCUAUACCAUCAACAGGUUUCAUCAUACCAAACUCAACCAAGUUUCCAAGCUGUGCCAACUAUGUCCUUUACUCCUCAACAGCCUGCACCAACCCAGCAACCUUCUUAUAAACAGCAUCAAUCACAGAUGAUUCUUAUGCAGCAAAAAAGACAGGGGGCUUUAGAUCUGGACUGUAAGUUAACAACACAUUAUGAUGUUAUCAGGAACCAACCACUUAUAAUAACACCUGCUUCUACUGAUAACAGCUACUCUGUUCCUCAUCUUGGAAGCAAAUAUAGUACUCUGGAUUUACGGUUAGGGUUGGACGAAAAGAGCAGCAUGGCAAGUAGCCCAAUGUCUAGUAUAUCUGCAGAUUCAUUUUAUGCAGAUUUAGAUCACCACACUUCCAGAAAUUAUGUUUUAAUUGAUGACAUUGGUGAACUUACCAAGGGAUCUGGAUCACUGAGUUCUGCCUUUGGACUGCAUGAGAAAGAGUUAUCUAAGGCUGACCGCAUUCUUCGAAGCGUUGAUGCACGAAGGACUCCAGAAGUAACAGACUUUUUAGCUCCAAUGACAUCUUCUGCCAGAUUACAUUCAUAUGGAAAAGCAGAUGAAGAUUCAAUGGAAGAUCCUUAUGAGCUAAAGCUUCUUAAACAUCAAAUAAAACAAGAAUUCCGUAGAGGUACAGAAAACUUGGACCCCCUUGUUGGAUAUUCUCCCUACUAUCACUCUGACAGUCUUUAUAGACAUUUCCCUAAAACUGAAAAGUACAGCAUUAGUAGGCUUACACUGGAAAAACAAGCUGCAAAACAACUUCCACCUGCUAUUCUCUAUCAAAAACAAUCCAAACAUAAAAAAGCAGUGAUAGACCCUAAAAUAGCUAAAUUUUCUCCAAUUCAGGAAAGUAGAGAUAUAGAACCAGAUUAUUCAAGCUACCUUUCUUCCAGUACAUCAUCAAUUCCAAGUAUUUCUUCAAAGGUAAGGCUGCUUCAGGAUGAUAUUACAUAUGGACUGAGAAAAAAUAUUACAGACCAACAAAAAUUCCUGGGCCCUGCGCUAGCACAAAAUCUUGGGGCAUCUCUCAGUCCAACUCUAAGAACAUCUAUGCAGGAUGAAGUUGACAAGCCUUAUGUAAGUGGUAGUAGGUCAAGGCCUUCAUCUAGGCCUUCUUCAAUUUAUGGACUUGAUUUAUCUAUUAAAAGAGACUUAUCAAGCUCUUCUUUGAGACUGAAAGCUAAUGAAGCAGAAACAUUAGAUGGGUCCUUUAGUCAUGUAGCACCUUCUGGAAGAACAAAACCAUCUAGCCUUCCUAUUAGUCAAAGUAGGGGAAGAAUCCCAAUUGUAGCACAGAAUUCUGAGGAAGAAAGUCCACUAAGUCCUGUUGGUCAACCAAUGGGAAUGGCAAGGGCUUCAGCUGGUCCAUUGCCACCUAUAUCUGCAGACAGCAGAGACCAGUUUGGUUCAAGUCAUUCCCUACCCGAAGUGCAACAGCACAUGAGAGAAGAAUCAAGAACUCGUGGCUACGAUCGAGAUAUAGCUUUCAUCAUGGAUGAUUUUCAGCAUGCCAUGUCAGAUAGUGAAGAAAAUUCCUUUAAUGAUGCCUAUCAUCUGCGUCGUGAAGAAACAGACUGGUUUGACAAACCAAGGGAAUCAAGAAUUGAAAAUGGACAUGGAAUUGACCGAAAGCUACCAGACAAACUAUCUCAUGCAAGAUCAUCUCUUCAUCAUGAACAAGUGAAUGGAAAGCCAAUCCAUUAUGUAUUUCCACACCUGAGAUUUAAACUGCAGAAGGAUCCAAAGGACCAUACAGUGUCAGGAAAUGGUUUUGGCAUAAGGGUUGUUGGUGGAAAAGAGGUUCCAGGUAACUAUGGAGAAACUGGAGCAUAUAUUGCCAAAAUCCUACCUGGAGGUGAUGCUGAACACACCGGCAGACUCACUGAAGGAAUGCAGGUCUUAGAAUGGAAUGGUUAUUCAUUAACUGGAAAAACAUAUGAAGACGUUCAAAGCAUUAUUGGCCAAUCAAGUGUGGAAGCUGAAAUAUGCGUAAGACUGGAUCUCAAUAUGCUGUCAAAUUCUGAAACACCUCAAAAUUUAGAGCUACAUGAACCCGCAAAGCCUGUAGAUAAAACAAAGUCUCCUGGAGUGGAUCCUAAGCAGUUAGCAGCUGAACUUCAGAAAGUUUCCCAACAGCAGGCUCCAUCAGCUGCUUCUGCAGUGGAGAAAGGCUCCUAUAUUCAUUCUGGAACAACGUCAGCAGCCUCUAGUGCUGUCCCAAGUCCUGGACAACCUGGCUCCCCAUCUGUCAGCAAGAAACGACACAGCAGCAAGUCUACCGAAGCUAUAAAGUCACAUUCCCAUCCAAUUACUGGUGAAAUUCAGCUCCAAGUUAAUUAUGAUAAGCAUCUUGGUAAUCUCAUUAUUCACAUACUUCAAGCAAGGAAUCUUGUUCCCAGAGAUAACAAUGGUUAUUCAGACCCAUUUGUCAAAGUCUAUCUGCUUCCAGGCAGAGGCCAAGUCAUGGUUGUCCAGAAUGCCAGCGCUGAGUACAAGAGAAGGACAAAGCAUGUGCAAAAAAGCUUGAAUCCGGAGUGGAAUCAGACCGUGAUUUACAAGAACAUUUCCAUGGAGCAGCUGAAGAAGAAAACCCUAGAAGUUACCAUAUGGGACUAUGAUAGAUUCUCUUCCAAUGACUUUCUUGGUGAGGUGUUAAUAGAUUUAUCCAACCCGUCUUCUCUUGAUAACAUCCCAAGAUGGUACCAGUUGAAAGAACAGAGCGAAAGCAUUGACCAUGCAAAACCUCACUCUAGUCAAAGUAAUCAGCAAGUUCCAAAGCCAUCUGUCAUUAAAAGCAGAAGUCAUGGAAUCUUCCCAGAUCCUUCAAAAGAUAUGCAGAUUCCCACCAUAGAGAAAUCUCAUAGCAGUCCUGGUAGUUCUAAAUCAUCUUCUGAAGGACACCUCCGCUCUCAUGGACCAUCACGAAGCCAAAGUAAAACCAGUGUCACUCAGACCCAUCUUGAAGAUGCUGGAGCAGCCAUCGCUGCUGCUGAGGCAGCUGUCCAACAGCUUCGUCUUCAACCAACAGCACAUAAAAGCAGUCAGUCUAAUCAUGCCAGGAAGCAACACAGACACAGCAUAGCAGGAGUCCUCCCAAUUCAAAGAACUCAGUCUGACAAUCUGCCUCCACCAGCCAAUGACAGCAAAGACCAAAGCCAGCUAGCACUCAAGAAGGUCAACUCUGAUGGAUCCGUCAAGACUGAAGCAAAAUCUACAACACAAAAGCCAGUUGAAUCCUCAGUCUCUACAGCUUCCUCAGUCAGUAGUUUUGGGAGUGGGUACAGCAUGGACAGUGAUGGAAGCAACACAACUGGGGACAGCAAUUUGUUUCCAGCACCUAGGAUAGGAAAGAUAAACCAAAAUGGACAAGAUCUGAUAGGGCAGUCUGGAAUACCUCUUACAGAUGUAGAAGGUAAAACCCAGGUGAUGGGAGAAAUUAAAAUUGCUUUAAAAAAAGAAAUGAAGACUGAUGGAGAGCAGCUGAUAGUGGAGAUCCUACAAUGCAGAAACAUCACAUAUAAGUUCAAGUCACCAGACCAUCUACCAGACCUCUAUGUAAAACUAUACGUCAUUAACAUAGCCACUCAAAAAAGGAUAAUAAAGAAGAAAACUCGAGUGUGCAGACACGAUCGAGAGCCUUCUUUUAAUGAAACGUUCCGCUUUAGCAUGAGUCCUGCUGGACACUCUCUUCAGAUCCUGCUUGUCUCGAAUGGGGGGAAAUUUAUGAAAAAAACUCUAAUUGGUGAAGCAUACAUUUGGCUGGACAAAGUGGAUCUCAGAAAGAGGAUAGUGAACUGGCACAAACUAUUAGUCAGUUCUACUCAGACACAUUGAAACACACAGGUUACAGGGGACAUAAUGUUAGGAAUCACAUCAGUUCAAAUGAAAUUAACGAUGGCUAAAGAAGCAAAACGUGAAUGUUCCAGGGGACAAUGAUUUGACUUUGUUGACGUGUUUUGCAGUAGAGGAAAAUGAUAAAAUGAGUAAGAAUGCAAAGUAAA